UGCCUGCCCUCAAUACCCCACCUCAUCAUGGCUGCCCUCUUCUGCCUGGGUAGCCUCAUCCUCGGUCUUGUCCUCCUCAUCGAUAUACUCAGCUUCUGCUCCUCAUCGGGGGCAUGUGUGCGUGGUCGCAUCUGUGCCUUUUUCAAAUUCACCGCCCUGGUGGUGGGCAGUGGUUGUCUGGUGGCAGGCAACCUCUUCUACGCCACAUUCUACCUCAAAACCUGGUCCUUUAUGCUCUCCAUGUCAGGCUGUCUGACUGCGGUCUACGCUAUUCUUUUCUACAUCGCUACUCUGCGCUUCAUUAAGCGCAAGUGA